AUGACCGUUGCCUCUGACCCAUGCUCAGUCCCGCAGGAGUGGGCAAAUCAUAGACCUAUGGCAUGUGUGUGCCCUCAGGGCCUCCCCAGGGGCAUAGCCUGGUUGACUACCCCUGGUUUAUUUUUCCUGUUGCUGCUGUUGCCUCUGAUACUGGGCCUUCCUAAAUAUUUUCCACAUAGCAACUGUUCCGUUUCACUUGUACAGGAAGACCCCAUCAGUGCACAUUGCCCAUCAAAUCCAACUCUUCAGUUUUCCUGGACCUGCAUUGAUCCUUUGCCUCAAAACAUUCCAUCUAUCCUGUCUAUUUCCAGCCAGGUCAGUGCCCAUGUCCCUUCAUGUCCACAUGAGCACCUACAUAUUAUCACUACACUGCACCUCAGAUCUGCACCCUAUGGUGAGCCAAAUAAAUUGUGCCUAAACCCUGGAUUGACAUUGCUGCCUCUCCCCUCUGUGCAACCAGCACCAUGGGGUAAAUGCCAAUUCCAAUGUCAAACUGUGGGCAGCCCUGGGGCAACAGUAUGGCACAACAUUCUGGUAACCACUCGCCAUCUCUGCCUGACUCAUCAGCACCCAUUAGAAAUGAAAUUGCAGUGCCAACCAUGUACUAAGCAAGGAGAACAUAUAGUUCACUGGAAGGUAAUGCUGCCACAAUUGGUUAAGCAGAAAGUCAAAGGUUUAGCGAUGCUCAGGGGCAAACGAAAUGUAAACACAAGUCCUCAAUUCCAGACACCAAGCUACCAAGUAUCAGUGCCUGAAAAUAAGCCUGCUGGGACUUUUGUUGUGCAGCUGAGGGCUAGUGAUCCAGAUGAAGGAGCUGCUGGGCGAUUAGAGUACUCCAUGGAUGCCCUUUUUGAUAGUCGCUCUGCCAGCUUUUUCUCACUGGAUCCAAAUAGUGGAGAAGUGACCACAGCAGAUGAACUAGACAGAGAAACCAAGAGUACCCAUGUUUUCAGAGUGACUGUCAGUGAUGCAGGUGUCCCCCGCCGAACAGCGAUGGCCACCCUCACUGUCUCAGUCAGUGACACAAAUGAUCAUGACCCAACCUUUGAACAACCAGAAUACAGAGAGAGUGUACGAGAGAACAUGGAGGUUGGCUACGAGGUGAUGACUGUUCGUGCCACAGAUGGAGACUCUGUCAUAAAUGCCAACAUUGCCUACCGUUUGGUAUCUGGAGCUGGUGAGGCUUUUGAAAUCGAUCAUCGAUCUGGGGUCAUUCGGACAAGAGGCCCUGUUGACCGUGAGUCUGUGGCGUUCUAUGAAUUACUUGUUGAAGCUGAUGAUCAAGGACGUGAACCUGGGCCUCGCAGUUCCACUGCCACUGUGCACAUUUCUGUUGAAGACGAAAAUGACAAUGCCCCCCAAUUUACUGAGAAGCGCUAUGUGGCACAUGUAGCAGAAGACAUUUACACUGACUCACAGCUUCUAGUUGUGACUGCUACUGACCGUGACCAAGGAGCAAAUGCUGCAGUACACUACAGUAUCUUGAGUGGAAAUGCUCGUGGUCUUUUCUCCAUUGAUCCACAGACUGGUGCGAUAUUUCUUGCUGGCACACUUGAUUUUGAGACAGGGAGAGAGCACACACUAA